GUUUUGAAGAGUGUAGUACUAGUACUAGCCUGGCUAAAAUUGGAGCAAUGACCUCUAUUCACAAGCGCUCUAAAAGCUUAUCAGACAAGAAUAAAUGUAAACAAGAUCGCCUCGAGCCUUCUCAACGUAUUAAGCUGGAUAAAGGAAAUGCGAAGAAGAAUAUGAUUACUAAGAAGAAUCACUCGCCCAAAUCUCAAAUCCAGAACUCUUUGAAGGAUGAGAUAUUGAAGCUUGAGAAGAGAUUACAAGACCAAGUUUGUGUGCGUGGUGCUUUUGAACAAGCAUUAGGCUAUAAGUCUUCUUGUGAUAUCCCAUAUGAUGCCUCUAUUCCUAAGCCUGCGACGGAGCUGAUUAGAGAAAUUGCGGUUUUACAGUAUGAAGUUUCACAUUUGGAGCAGCAUCUUCUCUCAUUAUAUCGAAAAGCGUUUGAUCAACAGAUUUCAUGUCCAUCUCCAUUAAGAAACGAUCAGACUUUAAAGCCAUCCUUAAUCACCCCAAGAGGGAAGUAUCUUGAAACUUGCAGGGCUGAUAUUUCGUUAAAAUCCAACUCAUGGAAAGAUCCCAAUAGAGGUUUCGAAGAAGAAGAAAACAAACUUCUAUAUUCUGGUGUUCAACAUUGUCACUCUUCGGUAACCAGAACUUCUCCAGCCGAGUUUCUUGGCAAAUCAUUACGGGGUUGUCACUCUCAGCCACCUUCCAUGAUGGAGUAUGCGCAGACGCCUGCCAACAUAAUCAGUCUAGCUGAGCAUCUUGGCACUAGAAUAACCGAUCAUGUUCCUGCUACGCCAAACAAGCUUUCAGAAGAUAUGAUCAAGUGCAUUUCAGAUAUAUAUUGCAUGCUUUCGGACCCACCUAUAUCAAACCAUGGCCUCUCGUCCCCUACAUCAUCUUUAUCAUCUAUGAGCGCUUUCUCACCAAAACAAGACCCCAAUAUGAUAUGGGGUCCAGGGUUUAGAAGAGAUUCAUCGUCCUUUGACGUGCAUUUGGAUAACCCUUUUCAUGUUCAAGGACUUAAAGAGUUCAGUGGACCUUAUAGUACAAUGGCUGAAAUUCAAUGUCUUUAUAAAGAUAAUCAAAGACUUGGUGAAAUUGAACCCAUGCUGCAACACUUUAGGUCACUGGUUUCUAGGCUAGAAGUGGUGAAUCCGGAGAAACUAAAGCACGACGAAAAGUUAGCAUUCUGGAUUAAUGUACACAAUGCAUUGGUGAUGCAUGCUGUGUUGGCAUAUGGAAUCCCACAGAACAAUAUGAAGAGAGUCUUCCUAUUAUUAAAGGCUGCUUAUAACGUUGGUGGUCACAUAGUAAGUGCAGAUGUGAUACAGAGUUAUAUUCUGGGAUGUCGAAUGUCUCGUCCUGGACAGUGGCUGCGUCUGUUAUUGUCUACAAGGACGAAACUAAGAGCAGGAGAUGAACGAAAAGCAUAUGCAAUUGAACGUCAAGAACCCCUUCUGCAUUUUGCACUUAGUUCAGGAUGCCAUUCUGAUCCUGCGGUCCGUGUUUACACCCCAAAACAAGUGUUCCAAGAGCUAGAAACAGCAAAAGAAGAGUUCGUCAGAGCAACAUUUGGUGUAGGAAAAGAUCAAAGAAUUCUUUUACCAAAAAUCGUCGAAAGCUUUGCAAAAGAUUCAGGAUUAUGUGCAGCAGGCGUGAUUGAAAUGAUCCAACUUUGUUUACCAGAAAAAUUCAAGAAAACCAUCAAGAAACAUCAUUUAGCAAAACUAAGAAAAAAGAUCGAAUGGGCUCCCCAUGAUUUUGCUUUUCGCUAUCUAAUAUCUAAGGAGCUGGUGAAAUAACUCUUCAAUCUUACCAAUCUUGAAAUGAGUUCUGUUCCUGUUAUGCAUCUUCAAAGGUUCUUUCGUUUUUUCUUAUAUUUUUCGCAAAAUUGUUGAUGAAGCAAAUGGUUGAAUGAACAUAUAUGCAAUGUAAAUAUAGUAUGUGUUAUAAAUACUUCAUAUUAGCUCA